CUUCUUCUCUCUGUCUCUCUCCCUCGUCUCAGACUCUCAAUAAUUUAAUCUUUACAUAAUGGAUGGAAGUGCGAUGGAUGUUGUGAUAAAUGAUGAUACGAAGCUCCCUUCCCUAUCCGGUGGAGAACGGCCUGUGGCCAGUGGACAACGGACUGUGGUUCUAGUUGGACGUACUGGCAAUGGAAAAAGUUCCACCGGGAAUAGCAUUCUUGGAAAAAGGGCUUUUAAGUCCAAGGCUAGUUCAUCUGGUGUUACUAAAACUACUGAAUUGCAGAGAACUGAACUCAAGGAUGGCCAGAUCAUUAAUGUUAUUGAUACUCCUGGACUCUUUGAUUUUUCUGCUGAAUCUGAAUUUGUUGUGAAAGAAAUUGUCAAAUGUAUUAAAUUGGCCAAGGAUGGUAUCCAUGCAAUCCUUUUAGUUUUCUCAGUGAGAAACCGUUUUACACAAGAAGAACAAGCUGUUGUACUUACCUUGCAGUCUUUGUUCGGAAGAAAAAUUAUAAACUACAUGAUUGUAGUCUUCACCGGUGGGGACGAACUUGAAGAAAAUGAGGAAACAUUGGAAGAGUAUUUGGGUCGCGAAUGUCCAGAUCCUUUAAAGGAUAUUCUUGCAUUGUGUGAAAAUCGGCGAGUGCUUUUCGAUAACAAGACUAAGGAUGAAACCAUAAGAGCUAGACAAGUCGGAGAGCUUCUCUCCCUUGUUAACAGGGUCAUAGUGCAGAAUGGCGGACAACCAUACACAGAUGAAAUAUUUGCUGAACUGAAGAAGGAGACUAUGAAACAUCAUGAACAACAAGUGGAGGUUGAUUCCCUAAAGGGAUAUUCAAAACGAGAAAUUACAAAGCUGAAGGCGGAAAUAGAAAAAUCAUAUGAAGAUCAACUCAAACGAAUUAGUGAGACGCUUGAGUUGAAGCUUAUAGAGGCAAUUAGCAAGCUUGAAAAGCAAUUGUUUGAGGAACAAGUUGUCCGAUUAAAGUCAGAAUUGAAAGCAAAAGACGCUCAAAUGAAAUCAAACGAGGAAAUUCAUAGGCUUAAAGAGAAUCUUCAGAGAGCGAAUAUGGAGAAUGAGCGUCUUCAGAGACCGAAUAUUCCUUAUGAGCUGUCUAGAAUAUGUCCUAUUCUUUGAACAAUCUCAAUCAUUUGUGAGCAUAGUAUGUGCAGUCGCGUGAAGAAUACCUAAGAUUGUUUUAUCUUCUAGCUGUUUUACUUACCCUCAUGUCAAUAUGUUCA